UGUUCAGAGAGCCAUCUGUAGAUCAGGAAGACAAAAAGACGCUCCUGAGCCUUGGCGUCACUCAACAGGAUUGUUGAAGGUCAGGUGUCAGUGGAGAAAUGGACUUCUUGUCAGCAUGGAUUGUGUCUCCUUCGGCUCUACCCUUUCUCUGUCUCAUCUGGGGCGCUCAGGCCCAGCAGGCCUUCAGGUCUGAGCCCAGGAACGUCACCGUGCGGAUGGGAGCCACAGCUGUGUUGAGGUGUGAGGUGCUGCGGGCCUCAGGGACUGUGCAGUGGGUGAAAGAUGGCCUCCUCCUGGGACCACAGAGAAGCCUGCCAGGCUUUCCACGCUACAGCAUGAUUGGAAACCCCAAGAGAGGCCAGUAUCACCUUCAGAUUGAGAAAACCCAACUGGAAGAUGACGCCUCCUAUGAAUGUCAAGCGGGCCGUUCUGAGAGCAGUGGAGCAAUCAUUUCCACUACAGUCUGGGUCAACAUGCUAAUCCCCCCUUCCAAGCCAUACUUUGUGGUGGACGUGGCAACACCUUGGGUAGCAGGAGAGAAAUACGUCAUCACCUGUAUUGCCCCUGAUGCAAAGCCUGUGGCUGAAAUCACACUUUACAAAGAUGGAGUGGAGCUGACAGGAGCAGAGUCCUCCACCAUGUCUGGCUCAGAGGAUAAGCUGCUGAACACGCAUGCUGAAGUAACGGUCACAGCCCUGAGCUCUGACAACGGGAGGCAGCUGGCAUGUCAGGCCAGGAACCCCGCCCUCUUCCGGCCUGUGGAGACCACAAUGACCAUGAGCGUGUACUUCCCACCUCAGCCUCCAGUUAUUGUAGGUCUGGAGAGAGAGGAAGUCAAAGCGGGGAGAAUGCUCGUGUUGGAGUGUGUGUCUCAUAGUGGAAACCCCCUAGCCACUCUCCACUGGACCAAGAAUGGAGAAGUUAUGUCAACGACUUGGGAAGUGGACGUGGCGGUGCAGAAGUCCAGCAGCGCUCUUAUUUUGAAGAUCACCCCCGCAGACAACCAGGCAGUGGUGUGCUGUGAGAGUGUCAAUCUGGUGUCCCUGUCACCUCUGUCUGUCAGCCGCAAAAUCACUGUCCUCUUCGAGCCUGCAGAGGUGACACUGGUGGGUUCGUCCACGGCCGUCGACGGGCAGGACUUGAAUCUGAGCUGCUACGCCACCUCCAGUAAUCCGCCUGUUCAGAUCCGCUGGUGGCUGGGCUACAAAGAGCUCAACACGACUCUGGAAACUAUGGAAGAGGGAGACAAUGGUGGGAUGACAACCAUGUCCAACAUGACCCACAGGGUCUCCCGGGAGGAGGAUGGACUGAAACUCACCUGUGAGGCUUUCAACAAGGGCACACACUUCUCCAAGACCCAGAUCACCACACUCAAUGUCUACUACCCCCCUCAAAAGGUCUGGAUCGAUGCCCCCCCUCAGGAUGUCCCCCUGCGCUCAGGGACCACAGUCCGUCUCACCUGCUUCUCCACCGGAGGGAAUCCCACCGGGACUCUGAUCUGGUUCAAGAAUGGAAAGGCUGUCCCUGACGCCCUGAAGCAGACGUCCUUUGAUCGGGGCGUGGCUCGAGAACUGCUCCUUGUCCUCACGGCGAGUGACAACAUGGCCACCUACCGCUGUGAUGCCACGAAUAAAGCAAAGAAGACCAUCUCUGCCUCCACUAAGCUCUCGGUCCACUUUCCAGCAGUAAGUAUGAGGAUCUCAACCAAACAGAAGGAGCUACGUCGGGGCCAGAUGCUAACUUUGGAGUGCCAGUCGGGGAGUAGUAACCCAAAGGCCAGCAUCUCCUGGAGCCUGGGGGCACUCAGGUUCCAGGGAGUGGAGCAGCCAGCCAGGAGGGCUCAGUUUGGUGGCGUAUCUGUGCAAAGUUCUCUAUCCUUGAAUCUGAGUUCACAGCAUCACAACCGGAGGGUCGUUUGCCAGGCGUACAGUCCCGUGCUAGCAGAGGGAGCUAACACAUUCUACAAACUCAAUGUGAUUUACCCACCAGAGUUCAGCUCGGAGCAGCCAGCGCAGGUCCAGGUGGUGGAGGAUGACAUGGCAACCAUCCCACUGCUGGUCUCAGCGAACCCAGAGGAGGUCUCCUGCAUUUGGCUGCACCGCAGAGAAAAGCUGGUCAAAGAGGGGGAUUUUCGCUACAAACAGUUUGACGAUAAUUCUCUGGAAAUCAAGAACGUGACGAGGAAAGAUGCCGGAGUUUACACGGUCACAUGUUCAAAUGAUGAGGGCUCCAACCAAACCUCCGUCAUGCUGGAUGUUCAGUAUGCUCCUGGCGUCAAGGCGGAGAAGGACCCUGUGUUUGUGAAGCUGGGGGACACAGCAGACCUGAUAUGUGUGGCAGAUGCCAACCCCAUUAUAUCUGGCAUGUUCUCCUGGAAAUGGCUGGGAGAAGGGGAGGUGGAGAUGGGACAGCAAAUCCAGGAAGACGAAUCUGGCCUUCUGACCAUCCAUGAUGUGACUCGGACUCAUGCUGGUGUUUACCAGUGCACGGCCAAUAAUGGCUUAGCACCUCCUGCCACUGUGGAUGUGGAGCUGGUGGUGCAAUUCAAACCAGAGCUGCAGAAAGGAGCCCAGUGGAGGAAGGUGGGGAGCAGAGGGGACGGCACCACCACAGCUGAAGUCGUGUGUCAUGCAGAAGGAAUUCCUCGUGUCGACUUCUCGUGGGAAAAAAAUGGUAUACGCAUGGACUUUGCCAACCCCAGGUAUGAGGAGCGGACUGUGAGGGAGGGCUCCUUCCACACCAGCACCGUCAGAGUUGUAAAUGUGAGCGCGGCUCUGGACUACGCUGUCUUCAGCUGCACCGCUCGAAACUCACUCGGGGAGGACACACUCGACAUCCAACUUGUCAGCACAAAUCAUCCAGAUCCUCCUUCAUCGUUCCGCCAAGUCGCUGUCAGCCACGACUCGCUCACUCUGGAGUGGAUCCCCGGCUUCAACGGUGGUUUGCGGCAAAGAUUUCGUGUAAGAUACCGUUGGGCUCAGUCAGCCAGUUUCCUCUACAUGGACGUCUUUCCUCCCGGAGCAACAACCUUCACUGUCUCCGGCCUUCAGCCCGCCACCACCUACAACCUCUCUGUCAAUGCACUCAAUGCAAUGGGAGAGAGUGGCUACGCUGACAACAAUGCAGUACUGACCAUCACCACCAAGGAGAGGCCAGAGGAAGAGGAAGUCCCAGCAGAUGAUGACUCAGUCUCACAGAGUGCAGGUGGACUGCCGGCCUAUCUGACGGUAGUUUUCACCGUGGUGUUUGGAGUCCUGCUGGUGUUUAAUUCACUGGGUUGCUUCUUUGGAUUGAGGUGGAAAAAGAGGCGAGGCCAGACGGGGGGUAGAGCAGGCAGCGUGCUGGAUGGAAAGAAGAAUGAAGAGGAGGGGUCCAGUCAGUCAGCUGUGAGCAGCUCCAAUAAGUACGAGAGCAGAGAAAAGAUCAACGCGGCGGCCCAGCGAACCCUCCUCAUCGACUCUGGAUCUGAAACAGACAGCAACGUCUACGAGAGCUAUGCAGCGGAAAGUUCCCAUUAUUAUUACCCCACCGGUGACUUCGUGCCGCCCCUCAGUCCCCUGCCUGAGGAAACACUUCGGCGGGAUGUGACCCACCUCCCUGUGGACUCACACAGCCAUCUGUACGAAGACGUAAGAGACGGGGGUCUGUACCGGGACAUCCUGGCUUCCUCUCUUCCUUCCCCUCCGUCCUUGUUUGACCACAGAUUGCCUCAUCAAAGGGACGAGUGGAGAUCACCAACCCAGCCUCAGGCUGCAGAGAGACGGAGAGAUGUUGGACAGCUUCCCUUUGAACUACGAGGAGAAUUAGUUUAGAAGGUCAGAGCAAACAAAUACGCCAUGACGGGGCUCGUACAGUGUUGUAUAGCAGAUAUUCAAUGCUUUUUUAAAAUUCUUUUUUUGAAUGAUAUCUCAGAAGUCUAUUCUGAACCAGCCAAAAGAGAGGAAUGGAGCUGGAAUGCUUGAUGUAAAAUGUCAUAUAAUUGAGUAUUUCACUUAAAAUGUUUCUGUGUAUUAUUAACAUUGAGUGCUUUUCUCAGAGUGAGUUUGUCUAGAACAGCAAUAUAUAUAUAUAUA